CCUGUAGAGACCAGUCGCCAUGAAGUACCACUUCUGUCGCGUUGCCUUGGUGCUGUUGCAGAUCAUCUUCGCCGAAGCACUAUCUAGUGAGGAUGUCAUAGAAAGGCAUAAACGAACGCUACUGUUGACGACGGAUUCGGCUACCGGAAUACUGGCGGCUAUUGCAAUUCCAGUGGACAAGCAAAAACCUGCCGGUGUGGAUAUAUUUUGCUCGUACAAUUUCGAGAUGAACUACGGAAUGACGCAGCUAGCAUCGGAUUGGACGGAUCCGUUCAAGAGGUUUCGAGUGGAACAGACGGAAAAUGGACUCGCAGACAGCGGAGCUGGUGGUGGUGAGAGAAGAAAGCGACAGUCGCUGGGAUUUCGGCAAACCGAUGGCAUUACUCGGAGAAGGAUGUACCACGUCAUAGAGGAACAGCUGUGGGCUUCAGGAUAUGAUGGAAGAAAAUGUUUGUUGAGGGCUGUUUGUGAGGCAUCCAGUGUGGGCUUGCAUAAACACAAUGGUGUUCUUGGUGACUUGAUUCAACUAAUAUUAAGGAAAGGCUAUAACGGUCGCAGCUGUCUGCUGCGGACGAUUUGCGAAGCGGCAGAAGCGAAAUUUUCCCACUCGAGCGGAGUGCUAGGUGAACUGCUGCACAUCCUGUUUACCCCUUCAACGACCGACGAAUCGACAGCCGAAGAGCUGGACCCAAACCACGAGGAAUACAAACGAGCAGAAACCUUAGCCUACCGGAAUAGCCCCCGCCGACGGUUUGCUGGAAGUUCGGUUUGUUCGGAUAUGUACGCCGAGUGCCCAUUUUCGUUGUUGGAUCUUUUCUCAGGAAUACUAUGA